CUUGAAUUAUUUAUUCUCUAAUUUUUCCUCCGUUUAAACCUUGCGCUAAGUGAUUUCUUUUGACCAGUUCAGAAAUUCUGCAAAGCCUAUAACUUUUUGCCUCGGCCCCUGACUUACCCCACCACAUCCAUAAUGGCAACAUCAGACCUUCCCCCACAGACCCUGAAGAUUGGGGAAUACACGUUUACCAUCUCCGAAGGAAAAGAUGAGGAUAUCCCUGGCUUCGUCGACGCUUUCGAUGCCGCUUUCGCGGAUAAUUUGCUUUUUAGUACUAUGAGUGGGACUGCUGACCGCGCAGUGUUGAGGGAGAAAGAUAUUGCAUUCUGGAAGGGACAGUGGACGAUGAGCGGGCGGAAGCACUUCAAGGUUGUUGAUGAGGCGAAUGGCAAAAUUGCAGCUAUUACCCGCUGGUGGUUCCCACACACCCUGACGUCUGAGGAGGUAGCCAAAGCUGAGGAGGCCAAGAACGGCCCCCAGCCGGAGCCUGUGCCAGGGACGAAUGCCGGGGCGACGAAGGAGUUCGUGAAGCAGUUAGUUGACUACCGGGAUAAGUGGGUGAAGAAUGAUGAUAUGUACAUGAUGAACAUUCUCGCCGUCGUCCCCGCGUACCAGCGGCUGGGUUUGGGGAAGGCGCUGCUGGUGCCCGUGCUAAAGAUGGCCGAUAAGGAGGGCAAGAAGACGUACAUUGAAGCGUCUGCAGCAGGCGAGAAGCUGUAUCGCAGGCUUGGCUGGGUGGAGACUGGAGAUACGAUUAGCCUUGAUUUUACAAAGUAUGGUGCGAAGGGGGGGGUUGAUGUCAAUCUUAUGAUGAGGGAACCAGGGGCAGGGAUUGCGCUAUGAGUUGUGACGAGUGGGAGCGAUGAGAAUAGGGGAAAUAUGAAGACUGCGUGAAUAUAGCGAGGAGACAAGUUGGAUGGUUAUUUACUGCAUAUAUUUAUUGUGAUAGACAGUCUUAUAAAAUGAGAUUAUUAGCAGCCCC